GAAAGGAAGGUCUUCCUUCAGUGGUAGAGCUCGGCGCCGCCGCUCCGCCUCAGGCUCGGGAUGGGGCUGAUCUUUGCCAAGCUCUGGAGCCUGUUCAGUAAUCAGGAACACAAAGUGAUCAUUGUGGGACUUGACAAUGCUGGAAAGACCACCAUUCUGUAUCAAUUCCUAAUGAAUGAGGUGGUUCACACUUCUCCAACUAUAGGAAGUAAUGUUGAAGAAAUAGUAGUGAAAAACACACAUUUUCUCAUGUGGGAUAUUGGCGGACAGGAGUCUUUGCGAUCAUCCUGGAAUACCUAUUAUUCAAACACAGAGUUUAUUAUCCUUGUUGUUGACAGCAUCGAUAGAGAGAGAUUGUCUAUCACAAAAGAAGAACUCUACAGGAUGUUAGCUCAUGAGGAUUUGCGGAAAGCUGCUGUUCUCAUCUUUGCAAACAAGCAGGAUAUGAAAGGUUGUAUGUCAGCUGCUGAAAUUUCUAAGUACCUCACCCUUAGUUCCAUAAAAGAUCACCCAUGGCACAUUCAGUCCUGUUGUGCUUUAACAGGAGAAGGAUUGUGUCAAGGUCUAGAAUGGAUGACUUCCCGAAUUGGAGUAAGAUAACUUAUUCUGGCGAGAAAGUUACACUUGCGCUGCGGACAAAAAACUCCUUUGUGGUACACUAGGCUGCUGAUGUAGCUACACAUUUAACUUAAAACGUCUGAAACCUCUGACAAGCAACACUUGAAUCAAGUGCAGCUGAACUUAAACGUAAAAGUAUUUUUUAAUGUUUUUAAAAAUGCACUAAUUUUGGAUGGAUGAACAAAUGGAAUUCCCAGUUCUCCUGCCUCCAUAAGCUAAAUGACUGCCUUUUUAACAAAAGUGGCCAUUGACAAAAGCCUUCACUCUUGCAACUUAAAAUAACAGCCUCUGUAAAAUGGGCUGGUUUUCGUUUUUGUGUGUGCUGCAAUGAAAGCUUUAACAAUCCCAGGGGUGGGGAUUAAAACCAGCCUGUUUCCAGGUUGAAUUCAAAUGCUGAUAACACACUACAGAAGUUCUGUAUAACUUUGUAACAAUUAUUUAUUUAUAGUCUUUGCUUGUUUGUUUAUAUGUCAUUGUCACUUCUGCCUUGGAGAACAUAUAUACUUUUAAAAACUUUGUUCAACUGCUAAAUGUUUUAUACAUUGAAGUUUACCUAAAAAGUUUUGUACAAAAACACUGAAUAUGCUGCAUGUGGGUUGGAAAAACUAAUAUGACUGCACUGUGUUUUAACAGUGCAAAUUUAUAGGUAUGUAUACUCCGUGAGAACAGUGGGGUACACAUAGGGAUCUCCAAGAACAUCGUAUGAGAACUCAGUAGUAAAAGCCAAACUUGUUCUGCUACUGUAUUGCAAAGUAAUUGGGUUCUGCAACCUGAUUCUGAAUAACUCCUACGUAGGAGUCUGUCUGAGGAAAAAACCAGGGCAAAACUAUUAUUGAAAAAUAAGUGUAUUUCCCAACAUGAUUGGUCCGACACUAUAGAAAGGUAGGUGGAUUUUGAUACUUUUUUCCAGAUAGAUUGUACUCCUUCUACAGAUCAUAGGCAACAAUGCCUUAUUUUUGUAGCAAAAAUAAGUGCAACUUUUCAAUAGCAGUGUGCCCAUAUGGCUGUACCACAGGGCUGUAAAAUGCAUGUCAUAACACUGGUUGGCUUCCUGUCUUAAGGCAAUGCUAGUCUGGUACAUGGAAUCAAACUAAAUGUGACGUACUUGAAUGUAACUAGAUCCCUGUGCAAGGUAUGGGGAAGAAAUCCUGAAGUCUUGCUUGGCUGUGGGAGUAAGAGAAUACAACUAAAAUGCUGUGCCUGCACUCCUGCAAUCUACGAAGUGUUAUGGAAAACUUCUGAGAAGCAAUUUGCACCCAGGAAGUGGCAUGGGGAAGGUUUUGGCUCCCUUCCCUAUAGCACUGCUCUGGUUUAAGUGGGGGGUGGGUCAGGAACACCCAGUGACAGAUCUCCUAGGUCACAACUGGCUUGGCCCUUGCUGUAUAAAAUGCUUUACAAAUGCUGCAUAAGAAAGCAUGUAUAUUUAGCAUUUUCCUGCAGUGCCAAACAAUGUAAAGCAAGUUGCCAGCCACAUAUUGGCUGUUCUGUGACUUAUUACAACAUAAAUUUUAUAUUAUAUGACAUCAGGCCAAAGCUCUUGUCUGAGUGAGGGAGCCAUUUCUUGGAACAUAACUAAUCCAGAGAAGAAAAUCUAUAUUAGUACUAUGGAUUACUUUCCUUUAUAUGGCAGCAGCCUAUGGGUAAUACUGGGUUGGAGAAUCAUUUUAUCAAGGGGAUGGGGAGGGGUCACAUUUAGACUAUUGGAAUGGUAAUAGCUAAGUUACAUCUCAGCCUGGGCUGCUCAGAAAUAAAAACUGAUGUAUUAGGAUGGUGAAUCUUUUUCCCUAGUGGUAUCAAAUCCUUUGGUAGCCUAGGACACAGGCAUGUCUUACUGUAAAGUUAAACACACAGUGUCUGAAGCCCACUUGCUACAAGUGUUGGAUAUAAACUGUGCUUAAAAAUCACACACUUUGAGUUUUUAAGAAUGUUCGCAUAUCUAAUUAUACGUCAUCAACUUAAUUUUGACUGUAGUUCCUAAAGCAGGACUCAUCAUUUUUACAAUUGUAGAAGUUUUCUUUGUAUAACUGGUACAGUGUAUCGCCCAAGAAUACUGUUUUUGGAGAAGGCUGUUCUCCUUGCCCGCUGUUCUGAGUUUUGGCUCUGCUCAUGAGCUUUGCAGUACUGUGAAUUUACCAUUUGCUUUCUCUGGGGCAAAUCAGUGUUUAAGCUGUAGCUCUUGCUGUACCAUGGGAUCGGAAAAGUAAGGCUCAUUUUUGGCUAAGCUCAUGUCAUUUAACCAUUUAUACACACCGUUUAUACCAAAUCAUGGGCAUUAUAUUGCAUUGUAAAUGUUGGGAUGAAUUAAAGUUCUUGGCUGUGCAAAGCAAUGUUUAUCUUACACAAAACUUCAAAACAAUUUACAAUGAACGUGAUGCUUGUUGGAUGGGGGGGAAAGAGGAAAGGUGGCCAGUGUGACAAAACAGCUUUUCUGGAGGAGGGUGGGAGUCUAUCUGCACAAUCUCUUGCCUGUGUUUAAGCUGGUUUUCACUUGUGAUCGUGGUGUCGCAACAUUCCAGCUUCUUUAUGUUGCACAGUUUUCAUCAUGCAAGACUGCUUCACUUCCUUGUGGAAGUGGAAACAGUCUAUGCUUAGUUAUUAGUGUUUCUCCUUAACAGACACGUAUAUGGUUACUCAUAAUCUCAUAAAUUGGUCUCCUUAUUUUCUCAUUUUGCCAUCUUGACAAAAAUGCCUUUUGAAGUACGUCAGAAUUGGUCAGAUGAAAAUGUUUGAAAAUGUAGCAGUGUGUUUCAAAGUGUUUUAAGCAGAAGCAUUAAUCUUCCUUUGUUGCCUGGUGUCUUCCAAAAGAAUGAUACAAUUGGGGUGACAAAUGAAGUAGCAAUGGGCAGCUGUUAUAGCCCAAAUAUCUGGCAGCCAUCUUUGAAUAACAAACAAAAUUGACAGACUUGGGACAUGAUCUUCCAUGCAACCCAGAGACCAUGCUGCUGUAAGGAGAAUUUCUAGCGUUGAGGGUAUUUUUGCUUUGCAUCUUGCAACUCUUCUCCUGCUUGUGAUCAUCUCUUCCCCCAUUCUGCAAAGAAGGCAUGAGUUUGAACAAUUGUAUGCACCGAUUAACCUAAUAUACUGAACUUUGCGCUAUACUUCAUAGGUAACACUGUGCAGUCUACAAUGAGACUGUGCCAAAGCGUGUAGGGCUUGUUACUUGAUGGAUUAUACUUGACCCAUUUUUAUACUUUAAGAGCAGAGCCUUCAUAUGGUGAAAUGCUCCAUCAUAGGAAAAUGGAUUCAUUGGAUCAAACCCAACAGAGGUCAACCCCCCCCCCAGCGUUAACAAAGCUGUGUUCACAGUACAGACAUUCUUGCUGUGUGGAUGUGAAUAACAUGUUGCCAGCCCACUGGGGAAAGGCUGUGUUUUGAUGGCAGAGUAGAAGUGUCCCAGCUAUUGUACACUUGAGGCACCAGAGAGCUGCUGCUAGGUCAAAAGACACAGUAGUGAGUGAUACAUUGACUACAUGUGCUCAUAGAAUUUGCAGAGGUUCGUCAUCUUGUCAUUCCUUGCCAUGGUAGACUCUGAGAAGCUUUUACUUUGAGCUGAACUUUUUUUAUUCAUACAGAAUGUGGGACAAAACUGUUGUACGCUUGUUCCAGCUCAUUAAUCUUAGUCCUUACCUGGCAUGUAAAAUUUGCCUAACGUGUGGUCAAACCUGAGUUGGGCACGUUUUGGUUUUCCCUGCCUUGUUUUGGGAGCAGAGUAUGUUCCUGCAUGAGAACAUUCGUGUGCUGCCUCUUCAACAACUUGCUGCUUAGAGUUAAGCUUCCCAAGAUAAUUGCUGGAUCUUGUGGAUACUUUCUGCUAGUGGUGGUGUUUCCCCUUGAUCCAAGGAGCCUUCCCUGCCCUGAUCCAUAGUUUUCUUUUAGCCCGCAGAGCAGCCAUACAAGACCUCUUGUGCCUGAGACAAGAUGUCAUUACUGGAAUAGCUCUUCACUUCAACUAAACCAUUUUCUGAAGUAGUAAGGUUAAUAGAUACAGUAUUUAGUUGUGGCUUUGUUGUUUGUGGCCACGGAGUGUGACUGAGGAGUAAAAGAUGGGCAAAAUGUUUUGAAUUCAAAACGUGCAUGGAAGGGAAGUCAGAAUGUGCCUUGCUGCUAAUGCAAGUGAAGCCAGUGCUGAAGGUGAGCGAAGUUUCUUCUGCAUUGUGUAAACUCAGUUCUCUGUUAAAGGGGAAGUUUUAGUGGGGCUGCAAACAGAAUACAUAGUCAAAUAUCACUGAAGGAACAACAUUCUGUGGUGGAACCCAUGGAAAUUUCAUAGAUGU